AACUCGCCACCGCUACCCCUCACACCCCCUCCUUAUAAGCCUGGAUAGUUGCAAAAUCUAAACCCCAACCUUUGUUGUUGUUGUUGCCGCCUGGUCCACCAUCCAGCCAUGUCAACCUCGCUAGCCAUUUUGCCCAUCGUUUGUCCCCUUCUUCAUCGACUCUAAUUACAUGUGCGUUAGUGGUACAUUCCAACCCUAUAAAAAUUGAGAGCAUAUGAGGUGCACUUGAUCUUUUGGUGCAUAUAUUGAAUCGUUGUCAUACAUCUAUCUAACAAUGCUGUCAUUCCUCUUAUUUUCUACACAGGGAAGAGUGCAGUUAGCAAGGGUAUUCUUUAUGAAAUAUACAAAACUAAAGGUGAAGAUAUGGAAGCGCGUUAAAUCUUAUACGGAUGAUCGUGAUUUAAUAUGUAUCCAUGUAUACCUGAUAUCCUAGAAGGAAUUUGGUCUUUUUUAGCUGCCCAAAACUGCAUGAGGCCCUAGAUCGUUCUAUGCGGCGGUGUAGAAGCCGUCCAAAUCUCACCGUGGAUCACAAUUCACGCAGCGUUGCGGGCUUGCGGCGUCCCCGUCUUUCCCCACCGGCAGGCGCCAGCUUCAGCUAAACGACGCCGCACCAGGAAAAAGGUCUACCUUCCGAUAUUCCACUGUCUUGUUUCCAUUCUCCCCUCCUCUCCGGCUCUCCCUCCCCCGACAGCUGCCCCCGCAUGGUGUGAUCAGGCCAUCUGGUGCGGGAAGAAAAGACGCGACACAGCGAGCCAUGCUCCCGCCGCGCGCCGCCGCCGUGCCGCUGCUGCUGCUGGCCCUGGCGGCCGGCGCGGCCCGGGGCGCCGACGACCUGGCAUCGGACGCCGUGGCGCUGCAAGCCUUCCUCGCGCCAUUCGGAUCCGCGACCGUGUCGUGGAACUCGUCCCAGCCGACAUGCUCCUGGACGGGUGUCGUCUGCACCGGCGGCCGCGUCACGGAGAUCCACCUGCCCGGGGAAGGCCUCCGGGGCGCGCUCCCCGUCGGCGCGCUCGGCGGGCUCAACAAGCUCGCCGUGCUGUCGCUGCGGUACAACGCGCUCUCCGGCCCGCUGCCUCGGGACCUCGCCUCCUGCGUCGAGCUCCGGGUGAUCAACUUGCAGUCCAACCUCCUCUCGGGGGAGCUCCCGGUGGAGGUGCUGGCGCUACCGGCGUUGACGCAGCUCAACCUCGCGCAGAACCGCUUGUCGGGGAGGAUAUCGCCGGCCAUUGCCAAGAACGGGCGGCUGCAGCUGCUCUUCCUGAACGGCAACCGCCUUACCGGAGAGCUACCGAACGUCAGCAUGCCGUCGCUCACCGCGCUAAACGUCUCCUUCAACAACCUCAGCGGCGAGAUACCCAAGAGCUUCGGCGGCAUGCCGUCCACGUCUUUCCUCGGCAUGCCGUUGUGCGGCAAGCCCCUCCCGCCGUGCCGAGCGCCGGGUUCGGAAGCAUCGCCGUCUCAGCCUCCCACUCCCACGCUUCGGCCCGAGGCACCGGCCCCGACUGACAACCGCGGACGGGGCAGGCAUCACCUCGCCGGCGGCGCCAUCGCUGGCAUUGUGGUUGGCUGCGCGUUUGGCUUCCUCCUGAUCGCGGCCGUCCUCGUCCUCGUGUGUGGCGCGCUGCGGCGGGAGCCGAGACCGACAUACCGCAGCCGUGACGCCGUUGCGGCGGAGCUGGCCCUGCACAGCAAAGAGGCAAUGAGCCCCAACGGCUACACCCCACGUGUCUCAGACGCGCGACCGCCGCCCCCGCCUUCAGUCCCGCCACCGCCAGCCGUCUCCGCCGCAGCCGUGGGGCGGAAGAAGCUCUUCUUCUUCGGUAGGAUUCCCCGGCCCUACGACCUCGAGGACCUGCUCCGCGCGUCCGCCGAGGUUCUUGGCAAGGGCACGCACGGGACCACGUACAAGGCCGCGAUCGAGUCUGGGCCGGUCAUGGCGGUGAAGCGCCUCAAGGAGACCUCGUUGCCCGAACGCGAGUUCCGGGACAAGGUCGCGGCCAUCGGCGGGAUCGACCACCCAAAUGUCGUGCCCCUGCAGGCCUAUUACUUCAGCAAGGACGAGAAGCUUAUGGUGUACGAGUUCGUGGCCAUGGGCAGCCUUUCCUCCAUGCUUCACGGCAAUCGCGGCUCCGGCCGGUCGCCACUGAGCUGGGAGUCGAGGAGGCGCAUCGCUUUGGCCUCGGCGCGCGGUCUCGAGUACAUCCACGCCACGGGCUCCAUGGUCACGCACGGCAACAUCAAGUCGUCCAACAUCCUCUUGAGCCGCACCGUGGACGCGCGCGUGGCCGACCACGGGCUCGCGCACCUCGUCAACCCGGCGGGCGCGGCGACGACGACCCGCGUCGCGGGGUACCGCGCGCCCGAGGUGGUGGCGGACCCGCGGCGGGCGUCGCAGAAGGCGGACGCGUACAGCUUCGGCGUGCUGCUCCUGGAGCUGCUGACGGGGAAGGCCCCGGCGCACGCGGUGCUGCACGACGAGGGCGUGGACCUCCCGCGCUGGGCGCGGUCCGUGGUGAAGGAGGAGUGGACGUCCGAGGUGUUCGACACGGAGCUGCUCAGGCACCCGGGCGCCGAGGACGAGAUGGUGGAGAUGCUGCGGCUGGCCAUGGACUGCACCGAGCCCGCUCCGGACCAGCGGCCGGCCAUGCCCGAGAUCGUGGCGCGCAUCGAGGGGCUCGGCGGCACGGCGUCGACGUCGACGGCGACGGCGCGGUCCGGCCGGAGUGCGUCCGUGGACGAGGCGGACGACCGGCCGCUGAGGACCACCGGAUCGAUCCGUCAGAGCUGAGGUCCGUCCGCGUCCGAUCACUUGUGUUAUUGUCACUGACGGAAGGUUCUGAACAAGGGGGAAAAAAAGAAGAGAUCUUUCUGUUCUGUCUUCUUGCGCUUGUCGUAGGGGCGUUGUCGUGUGCUGUUUAUUCUUUCAUGCGUCUCUUGACGCUUGUUCGCCCUCAGAUGAAUUCUUUCGUUUUAGCAGCGGUGAUGAGUGUGCGCUGAUGGUGUGUGAAUUGGUGGUGAUAGUAAUGCAAUGUGUAAUUGCUUCUAGUACCUGAAGGGUGUUCGAUUGAAAAGUUUAGCCUCGA